UCUCUUUCAUUCACCUCAGUCAGCUGUCGAGCAGUCCCUCUUACAUCUCUGUCUUUGAUACUUUGAUGUAUCUCUUUUGAUUUGUAAUAUACAAUAAUACUAAACGUACGACAUGAAAGCCAAGGGCGAGUUGAAGGAAUUUGAAGUGAUAGGGCGUAAGCUCCCUACUGAAAAGGAGAAAACUACUCCUCUUUACAAAAUGAGGAUAUUUGCGCCUGAUGCUAUAGUGGCCAAGUCCAGAUUUUGGUAUUUUCUCCGCCAAUUAAAAAAAUUCAAAAAAUCAACUGGAGAAAUAGUAUCUUUAAAGCAGAUUCCAGAAAAAACACCAGUAAAAAUAAAAAAUUUUGGAAUUUGGUUAAGAUAUGAUUCUCGAUCCGGUACACAUAAUAUGUACAGGGAAUAUAGAGAUCUUUCUGUCAGUGGGGCUGUAACGCAGUGUUACAGGGACAUGGGUGCCCGUCAUCGCGCGCGUGCUCACUCCAUACAGAUAAUCAAGGUGGAAGUUGUUAAGGCUACAAAUUGCCGCAGACCUCAAGUAAAACAAUUUCAUGAUUCUAAAAUCAAAUUUCCAUUGCCCAAACGAAUUCAAAAUAGAAAUCAUAUGCCAUUAUUCAGUGUGCGAAAACCACGCACCUAUUUCCUGUGAAUAUUAUGAAUAGUGUUUUGUAUUAUGACACUAAAUAUAUUAUUCUAUUCUAUAUAUUAUGGGAAAUAAAAAAAGUAAUAUAA